AUGGGUCUUAAUUUCAGUGGUAGUAUCGAUCGUGCUCAACAUCCUGAGCAAUAUCCAGAAAAGGCUAAAGGACCUACAUUCGAUCCGCUAUAUGGUUUUUCUGAUGGUCGAAAACCGAAAGUUGCACCUUAUACUCAAGAAGAAAUGCAAACAUUAAAUAUUCCUCUUGAUAAACGAGAUUAUUGUGCUCAUUAUUUUCGAGCUAUUAUGUUAUGUACACAACAAUAUUGGCCAUCACAAUAUGGCUAUUGUGAACCUGAACGACAUGCAUGGGAACAAUGUCAAAUACAAAAUAAACUUGAUGACGCAAAAGAAUAUGAACGAGAAUUACGUUUACGCCGUCGACGAUUACGUAAAGAAGAAAAAACUAAUCGUGAUCUAUUACAUAAAGAACAUACGGAUAACAAUGAAGAAUAG